AUGGGCGCGUGUGGUCCGUGCGUUGCGGGCGACCGUGGUUCCUCCGCCGGCCGACUAAGGGACAGCUGGAGCAACUGGCACAACAGACCAGACCGACGGGCUUCCACUUUCAUCUGCCCUGCCCAGACAGCCAUGACGGUGGACCGAAGGAAGGUCGUCGUGUUUGGCGCGGCAUUCGUGUUGCGCCUGCUGCUGAUAUGCCUGUUCCCUGCUUUGCCGGACUUGCUCACUGGCCGGGUCGAGGUGUCGACCCCGGUCAACAGCUUCAAGCGAUUGCAGGAAGGACUUUACCUCUACAUUCGAAAUGUAUCACCGUAUGACGGGGGUGUCUUCCACCAGGCUCCUCUUCUCCUCCCCGUAUUCGCGCUGUUCUCCGACGUCAAGGCCAAUCCGUUCCCUACCGCAAUUUUCUAUUUCUUAGUCGAUUUGGUUAAUGCUCAUGCAUUGGCCACUAUCUCCGAGUCAGGCCAAUCAAUCCAGAGCCGUCUCCACUCGGCCAUUCGGAAGCAUAUUCGAUGGGAUGGAGUCUCUACUGCCGCCUGGUACCUCUUCAACCCCUUCACGAUUGCUACAUGUCUGGCACGAUCAACGAGCGUAUUCACUACGACAGGCAUUCUCUUCGCAAUCUCGAAUGCUGUCGAUGGAAACAGCUUCAAUGCAAUGCUCGCUCUUGCCUUCGCCUCCUAUCUAUCCCUCUACCCCGCGCUGCUAUUUGUCCCCUUGAUCCUGCUCUGCUACGACCAGCGAGUUCAAGGGACAGGCUCACAGUCAAACAUCAUCCUCUUCAUCUUACAACAUGGCGGCAUCCUGGUUGCUAGCGUCUCGGGACUACUUGGUCUCUCUUUCCUGAUCACUGGAAGCUUCUGGGAAUAUGUCUCUGCAACUUAUGGAUUCCACCUUCUUGUGCCGGACCUGACCCCCAACGUGGGUCUGUGGUGGUACUUUUUCAUUGAGAUGUUUGACUCCUUCCGUGGAUUCUUCCUUGGCGUAUUUUGGCUUCAUUUGGCCAGCUAUGUGGGAGGCAUGACUGCCCGCUUGCGUCGGCAGCCUUUGUUUGUCAUCACGUCGCUCCUAGGCGUGUUUGCUAUUUUCAAGCCAUACCCCAGCAUCUCUGAUGCAUCCUUGUACUUUGCAGUGCUCCCAUUAUACCGCCAUCUCUUUCCACUGAUGCGCUACACUUUCUUCGCCAUCUCGGCCAUCUUAUAUUCCAGUCUGUUGGGUCCUGCCUUUUAUCACCUGUGGAUUUAUGCAGGGUCCGGCAACGCCAACUUUUUCUACGCCAUCACUCUCGUCUGGAGCUUAGGUUUGUCUAUUCUCCUAGCCGACAGCAUCUUUGCCGCGCUCCGGGAUGAAUGGGAGCAGGACCACCCUGAAGCCAAGGGCCAAGAAGUGAAGCAGGUCUAA